GUACCGCUUCCCCUGGUUACUGUCCGCCGGCGCUGUGUGUGUGUACAGCGCAUAGUAAGUUAGUAACCAGAUCCCACCCUCAUCGCUCUCACUCUCUCGCCGCUUCCUGGAUACGGUCACCAACCAAACCAGCCUGUGUGACAACAAAACACACAGAGCCGAGAACACUGCUGCAGGCUGCUGAUACCGCAGGGCGGCAUAAUACUCACAGGACUACUGUGCACAACUCUAUCACAGCGGGGAGAGACUGGGAUUAUUACCCCUUCUCACUGGUUAUUACUGAGAGGAUUAAAAAAAUGCCUAAUAGAAGACCAGCUUCCAGCAUCAGGUCUGACAGCAGCGAUGUGGACCUGGAAGGAAUGGCGGACAGUGAACUGGCCAAGCUACAACGCAUGUUUCGCCUGAAGGAGGGACAGCGUCAGGCAACUGCCACUGGGAAACAGGAGCAAAUCAGGAGGCAGUUGGCAGAGAUGAAUGCACUGGAGAAAGAGAGGGACGAACUGCUGAAAAAUUUGAGGAUCUCGGAGAGCCGAAGCAACCAGUCUCGUGACCAGAACAGCCAGGGAAAGCUGCAUUCCCUACUAGAACAGAAGGAUGAGUUGGAUGAGCAACUAGCUCUGGAGAAACAAACCAUUAGUGAUCUGGAGCAGGAGAUAAAAUCCUGGGAGAAAAAAAAUUCUGAUCAGAGAAAACAAGUGAGAGCGUCCUCUGGAUCUGCCAAACAGAAUGUGCAGUCACAGAAAAAUGUGAAGGUGAUGGAGAAUCGUUUGGACCGGGCACUGACCAGGUUCAACCUCCAGCUGUCAAAAAAUGCCAAAAUGAGGGAGGAGCUGGACAUACUGAGAAUCGAGAGGUCUCGUUUUGAUCAGUUGUAUAGAAAACUUGAAAAGGAACUGCUCCAAACUCGAAAGGAGAUUAGUACUGUAAUUGAUGAAUCGUCUGCAGCUUAUGAUGCCAGAGAUGAGGCACAGACAAAGAUGCUACAGAUGAAGGAAAGAGCAGAGAAGGACCUAAACCAGCACACGGCAGAGAUCAAGGAGCUCCAGCGCAUUAUUGAUCAUGACCGCAGACUGAAGGAGUUUAUGGGAAUCAAGACUCAGGAACGCUCCAUCAGCGAAGAAGUUCUUGACGCUCGACGCAGGAGAGAAAAAGAAGCGAUAGAAAGGAAAAAGCGUGACCCAACGGAAGAGACUAUUGAAACCUACGAACAAGCUUUCCAGCAAAUUCAAGCUGUCACUGGCGAAAGCAACCUAGACAUACUCGUCAACAGGUUCAUUGAAGUGGAGGAUCGCAACUUUGCCUUAUUUAGUUAUGUUAAUGAGCAGAAUAAUGAGAAAGAGAGACUGACGGAACAGAUUGCAGAGAUAAAAAGAGAUAUUGAAGAAUUCAAAGCACAAGGAGUAUGUCUGGAGCAGGAGCAUCGGUCAAUCCUUAAGAACAUUGAAGAUAAAGAGGAAGAGGCUGUAAAAAAAGCAGAUGUCUAUGAACAGCAGCUGAAAGGAGUCAUGAAAGUUUUGGAUCAGCUGAAAACAGGAGUUGAUUCUUUGUUCAGGAACACAAAUUGUGACCGCUCUGUCCUGGAUGAAAUGCUUGGCUCUUCCUCCAGCAUUCGCGAGGCAAACAUAAUGCAGUACCUUGGCAUCAUUGAACAAAAAACUAACGAGCUGUUGGCCGCUCAGUCUUUCCUCGACUCCAAGAACUAUGAUAAGCCAUACGAUCCUCAAGAAACAGCCCGAGUCCUCCUGGGCCAGCUGGAAGACAUGCGACCGCCAGUGUUUGACAUCCAGCCGCCCACCACAGGAGAUGAGUAUGACAGUGACAGUGAGUCCCCCACAGUAGAUGAAGAUGAGAGACCCCUAACUCAUGCGGAACUGCGGGAGAGAAUCAUGAGGGGGGUACUUAAAAAAGAGGAGAAAGCCAGCAGGAAAGGAAAUCUGAAUGGAAGUGCUCUUGCUAAGAUGGGAACAAUGGCAAAGAAAUGAUUGCAGCCAGAGUAACUGGAAAAGACCAACAGCACAAUUUAAUGUUGAGGAUUUAGGAUCAAACAACAAAGAAAAAUAUCUGCAUGUAAUGUAUACACGGUGAAACAGUGACACCCAGUGUAUAUGCUGAGACGUUCCAUUCCCUACAGUGUUACUGAAUAGACCUAAAUAACUGACUUGCUCUUUUCUGUGAUGGAGUAUAGCCUUAUUUUUGCUUUGUGAUACAAGUAUAUCAUCCAGGUGAUCUCUGCCUUAUUUACUUUGUGCCUUUUCAUAUUUCAGCAUGUGCUUACUGGUAAAC